AUGACGAGACCGCGUCGCUCCAGUGCCGCGAGCGAUGAGAGCAGCGGACCCGCCGGCGAGGAGUUGGGUAGCAUGUACGACUACCUGGCCAAAAUAAUCUUGCUGGGACCGAGCGGCACAGGAAAGUCCUGUUUGCUUCACCGCUUCGUCAAGAACGAGUGGAGAGUUUUAUCGUCCCAAACUAUCGGUGUCGAGUUCGCAAGCAAGAUCAUCAAGGUCGGCACCGGUUCCCGGCGGAAACGGAUCAAGCUACAGCUUUGGGACACGGCCGGCACCGAACGAUUCCGUUCCGUCUCCCGAUCCUACUACCGCGGCGCCGCCGGCGCCAUUCUCGUUUAUGACGUCACAAAUCACAGCAGCUUCCGCGGACUGCAACCGUUCCUUAACGACGCCCGCGCCUUGGCAUCUCCCAACUUGUCUUGCCUUCUGGUGGGAAACAAGCUUGAUCUAGCAUCCGAGCCCCUCAUCGACACAAGCCUACCCCCGCCAACGCCGAGCAGCGUCGGUUCCAUGUCAUACUUUGCGAAUGGCUCCGCAGGAUCCGGAGGUACCAUGGUGUCAUCCCUCGGCACGCAACAGAAAGCCAGCGAGGCGCCGGAGGGUCGAGAGGUCAGCAACGCGGACGCAAACAGAUGGGCGGGAACGGUUGGGAUCCCCGUGGUGAUGGAGGCGAGCGCCUUCAACGGCGAGAAUGUGGACGAGAUCUUUGCGAGGCUUGCUAGGAUGAUUCUUACCAAGAUCGAGUUGGGCGAUAUCGACCCUGACGACCCGAUGAGCGGCAUUCAGUACGGCGACGGGUACGGCGGAGGGUGGAACGCGGGCGCCAGCGACGUGGCAAGCAUCAAGAGUUCCAUGACGGGCGCGACGCUCGACGAGGCUGGUGGAAUCCGCAGACGAAAGGGCAGGCGAAACACGCGCAGCGGCGCGAACUGGGGUCUGCGUGAUUGGGAAGAGGUUUUCACGUUGACGAAUCGACGUAGAGGCAACAACUGCUGUUGA